AUGUCUGCAAUUGAUAAGUUAUCCGUCAGUACUAUCAGAGGUUUAUCCGUUGACGCCGUCAAUGCCGCCCAAUCUGGUCACCCAGGUGCUCCAUUGGGUUUAGCCCCAGCUGCUCAUGCUUUGUUUAGAAAGAUGAAGUUUAACCCACAAGACCCCAAAUGGAUCAACAGAGAUAGAUUCGUCUUGUCCAAUGGUCAUGCUUGUGCUUUGUUAUAUUCCUUGUUGGUUUUGUAUAAGUACGAUUUAACUGUUGAUGACUUGAAGCAAUUUAGACAAUUGAACUCCAAGACCCCUGGACAUCCAGAAAGAUUGGACACCCAAGGUGUCGAAGUCACCACUGGUCCAUUGGGUCAAGGUAUUUCCAAUGCUGUUGGUAUUGCCAUUGCUCAAAAGCAAUUUGCCGCCACUUAUAACAAGCCAGAUUUUCCAAUUUCAGACUCCAAAAUCUAUUCAUUUGUUGGUGAUGGUUGUUUAAUGGAAGGUAUUUCUUCUGAAACUUCUUCUUUGGCUGGUCACUUACAGUUGGACAAUUUGAUUGCAUUUUGGGAUGACAAUAGAAUUUCCAUUGAUGGUGACACUGCUUGUGCCUUUACUGAAAAUGUUCCAGAAAGAUACAAGGCAUAUGGAUGGAAAGUUUUGGAAGUUCAUGAUGCCAACACCAACAUUGAAGCCAUCUCUGAUGCCAUUGAUGAAGCCAAGAAGAUCAAGGGUGCUCCAGUCUUAAUUAGAUUGGUCACCACUAUUGGUUACGGUUCCGAACUUGCCGGUACCGGAAAAGUUCACGGUGCUCCAUUAGCAGCUGACGAUAUUAAGCAAUUGAAAAAGAGCUGGGGUUUUGAUGCUGAAGAACAAUUUUUCAUUCCAGAUGAAGUUGCCAACUACUUUGCCGAAAAGGUUGAAGAAAACAAGAAGGAACAACAAGCUUGGGAAAAAUUGUUCAGUGAAUAUAAAGCUAAAUAUCCAAAGGAGGGUGCUGAAGUUCAAAGAAGAUUGGAUGGUAAAUUACCAGAUGGAUGGAAGAAGGCCUUACCAACUUAUACUUCCAAAGACAAGCCAGCUGCUACCAGAAAAUUGUCAGAAACAGUCUUGAAUGCUUUGUAUCCUGUUAUUCCUGAAUUGAUUGGUGGUUCUGCGGACUUGACUGGUUCUAACUUGACGAGAGCUGCCAACUCUGUUGAUUUCCAACCACCAUCUACCGACUUGGGUAACUAUUCUGGUAGAUAUAUCAGAUAUGGUGUAAGAGAACACGGUAUGGCUGCCAUUAUGAAUGGUAUUGAUGUUUUCGGUGCCAACUACAGAAACUAUGGUGGUACAUUCUUGAAUUUCGUUUCAUACGCUGCAGGUGCCGUUAGAUUGGCUGCAUUAUCACACCAAGGUGUUAUCUUUGUUGCCACUCAUGAUUCUAUUGGUUUGGGUGAAGAUGGACCAACCCAUCAACCUAUUGAAACUUUGGCUCAUUUAAGGGCUAUUCCAAACAUGUCAGUUUGGAGACCAGCUGAUGGUAAUGAAGUUUCCGCUGCUUACAUUUCCGCCAUUGAAGGUCUUGAUCGUCCAACUGUUAUUGCUUUGACCAGACAAGGUGUUCCUCAAUUGGAACACUCUAGCAUUGAAAAGGCUUUGAAGGGUGCUUACACUGUCUGGCCACAAGAAAAAUCAGACAUUAUUAUUAUUUCUUCUGGUUCUGAAGUUUCCAUCUCCAUCGAUGCCGCUAAGGAAUUGGAAAAGAAGGGAGUUAAGGCUUCUGUUGUUUCCGUUACCGAUUUCUACACUUUUGACAAGCAACCAAUUGAAUACAGAUUGGAGGUCUUGCCAGAUGGUGUUCCAAUCUUGUCGGUUGAGGUCUUGUCCACUUUCGGAUGGUCCAAGUACUCUCAUGAACAAUUUGGUUUGAACAGAUUCGGUGCUUCAGGAAAAGCUGGUGAUUUAUACAAGUUUUUUGAAUUUACUCCAGAAGGAAUUGCCAAGAGAGCUGAACAAACUAUUAAAUUCUACAAAGGAAAGACAAUCUACUCUCCAUUACACACCGCUUUUGAAGAGUUGAAGUAA